GCGUUGCCUAUCAUGUGCGUCCUUUACGUGUUAUCUUAUAGCUCCAAGUGAAAAAAUGAAAGAUAUCAGCAACAAGAUGGAGGUUAGCACAGGAACGAUUCUACUUCCGCCAUGUCGGAUCUGUGGUGACGUCAGUUCCGGUUUUCACUACGGCGCCAACACGUGCGAGGCAUGUAAGGGAUUUUUCCGACGCGCGCUGAAAAGAGAAACCUGUUUCGUCUGCUCGAAAAACAAAAACUGCGACAUCGCAGGCAGCAAUAGGAACCUGUGCGGCUACUGCAGGUACCAGAGGUGUGUCCAGGCUGGAAUGUCUAAGACAGCUAUCAAAACGGGAAGGUAUACACACGCUAAAAGAACACAGAACAUUUUAGAGAUUAAACGAAUGCAGGUGACAACGGUAGAGGGGAAACAACCCAGAAAUCUUUCUACGAAAAUUCGGAAUAGUCCAGAACCUUCGGCUCUACCAGAGAAUGUACCUGCCGGUGAAAAUCUCGACGACAUUAUCGAACAGCUAGUAGAGGCGCACGACAACACCAUUCUCGUGACGACGAGAAUUGACGAGAGUUUUCUGGAGGAGCGGACAAGGCUGCAUAGUGAUUUAUUGAAGCUUAAGCAAGAAACGUUCGGAAAACUCCGGACAUUACCUCCUGAUGAACACGAAGAGAUACUGAGGAGCACGGGCAUUGACGUAGACAACAGGAAGAAGACCGCCGUCUGCCACUGUGCGCAUGUCGAGAGGUGGAUCAAAAACUGGGUCAAGUUUGUCAAAAAGUUGCCAGGUUUUACAGAGAUCCCAAUGGAGGACCAACUGGCCCUUUUGAUUAACACGCGAGUUGAGUUCUGGCUACUUGGUGCCUACAGAGGCUACAAUACACAACUUGAGACUGCCAUAAUGCCCAAUGGAAUCUGUUACCACAAGGAAGAAUUGAGAAUGAUCUACACCGAUGAAUACAUCGAGUUGAUCUUCCACUUAGCCGAUGUUCUGAAGAAAAGCACCCUAUCACCCGAGGAAAUUAUCUUCGUCAAAGCCAUUUGUUUAACAUCCACAGAUCGGUUCCCUCUGAAGAGCCGAGAACGGGUGGAGAAAGUCCAAGCCCUGAUGAUCUCCUGCCUCCAGCACCUCAUCAGGCGGAACCACCCACCCCACCGGUGGGCGGUGGUCAUGGGGUGCGCCUUCAACAUGCUGACCACUGUCCGAGAAAUCGGCCACGCCUACAUCAUGUUCGCCGGGAAGAACGGGAUGAGGAAGAUCCACAUGUACAAGGAGAACGUCAUUCGCGAGAUCAUCAGCGGGGGAGGGGACGGCGGGGUGGCCUCGUUCGGAAAUUUGGAAGACUUGUUAUGACGUCAUCAGUUUAUGCGGUGAAUUUUUUAAAAUUAUUAUUCACAAUGUAUAAGCGGUGUUUAGAUUUCAAGAAGGACAUGAAAAAAACAGUGCAA